AUGCCGCUUAUCUAUAUAAGUAUGUUAACGGCUCGAGCAGCAGUAAGGAGGGCGAGGGAAGCAGGUCAUCAACGUCUGAUGCUGGACCUGCUCUUGCCGCUCAUUGGCCCUUCACUCCUGGACGACUGGCCUGGCGGCAUUCAACAGCAGCUCCAAGCGGCCAUUCCUCUGGUGGAAUCGCUGCUCACAGGGAUGGUGGACGGUGGGGAGCUGUACACACGGCGGGUGAUAGAUGAGGAUGAGGCAGUGGUGGCGUGGGAGAGCAAGACGGUUGCACUUGUGCUCUUCCCAACAGCCGAGCGCCUGCCAGCUGUCAUGGAGCUGGCCAAUAGUGAGCCAGAGCGCACGCUGCUGCUCAUGAAUCCGCAGUGGCAGCCAGGCCAGGUUGUCUCAGAUUUUGGAUUUGGGAGCAAGCGCAAACAGGCAGAAGAGUUUCUAGACACCUUCCUCACUGCCUACAGUCUGAAGCGCAACCGCAUCCGCUCGUAUGAUGUCACUCUCGUCAAGUGCUUCCCGGGCGAUUGGCAGGUUUACAUGUCGGAUGACAGUGGUAGUGGGUCUGAUAGCUCUUUCCCAACAUAUGAGAUGAUUGGGACAGUGGAAAAUCGGCCAAGUUAUCGUGACCUUGAAGCGAUGGUGCAAAAAAAGAGCAGUCAAGGGAGCGACUCAGGUGGAUGGUUUGGGCGCAUUGCCAAGGAGAUCGAGUUCCUAAAGCGUUCCAAGUGA